AUGGAUCUUUCUGUGUUACCAAAUAACAACCAUCCAGACAAAUUUCUCCGUUUAGAUGUAAGAAGUUUAGUUGCUAAUUCUGGCCUUCUGCAUGGCAGGCAAUGGCACAACAAGAUAUAUUUUCAGAAUGGCCAAAAUAGCGCUGAGCCUAUACAGCCAAUGCCAAAAGCGGACAGUCCGGUGCUAGUUGACAAAGAACUGCGGGGACACAUAACUCCAGAAAUCCUAAGGUCUACAAUUAAAAGCAACCCAUUGUUCCAGGAUACAGGAUGGGAAGUAAAACCUGAGACAAGGAAGAAGGGGCCAGCAUGGACCAUCAAGGAUUAUGACAAUCAAUCUCCCACUCUAAAACUGUCUAUGUACCUCAAGGAAAAUCCAAAUGAUCUAAAAUAUUGGCUGGAAGACAUUUACACACCUGGGUAUGACUCUCUGCUGAGGAAGAAUGAGAAAAAGAGGAAGAAUUCCAAAUACUGUAAAAUUUUCAUGUACGUGGCACUAGCUGUGUGCAUCUUAGUUGCCAUAGUAACUGUUACUGUUUUGUUUACAUGAAACCCAAUGUUUUGAUUCAUACUUUAGCAAUAAUUUUCUAUAUUCAUAAGAAAGAACCAUAUUAAUUUAACAUAUACCAGCUACUGUUUUUGUAGUAAUAAAACAAAAUUUCAACGUCUUGUUGGGUGUGCUUUGUACGUAAUAUGGAACGCUAAAGUUCCUAGCCAAGGUGUCAGACCGUUCAUUACCAUAAGCCUCUGUGACAGUUACAUAUAAAGUAAGGAAUAAAAGCUGGGUGAAGUAAUU